UUACCUAUCUAUAAAACGAUCCCCCAUUUUCACCAUUUGCUCAAGGUCAGCGUCACUCAUUCCCAUAAAACCCCCCAACCCCAAAAAAGAAAACCCAUUUGUUUACUUCAUUUUCUUGUUCUUCUUCUUCUGAUCUGCCCUGAAUUCCUGAAACUGAAUACAGCAUUUACUCUCUUUUUUUUUUUUUUUGCUCUGAAAAAAAUUGAAAGAGUAGUAAUAAUUAAGAAUGGACGGACUGCCCCCUGGUUACCGCCCCAAUGUUGGUGUCUGUCUUAUCAACUCUGAUAAUCAGAUUUUUGUAGCUUCCAGAUUGAAUGUUCCAGGAGCCUGGCAGAUGCCUCAGGGGGGUAUUGAAGAUGGUGAGGAGCCAAGAUAUGCAGCUAUAAGAGAAUUGCGAGAAGAAACUGGCGUAGUGUCUGCUGAAAUUAUUGCUGAGGUUCCUAAUUGGUUGACGAAUGAUUUUCCUCCUGCUGUUAAGGCCAAAGUAAAUAGACUCUGGGGAGGUGAAUGGCAUGGGCAGGCACAGAAAUGGUUUCUUAUGAGAUUAACAAAAGAUGAGAGUGAGAUCAACUUAGCAAAUGGAGAGGCAGACCCUGAAUUUGCUGAGUGGAAAUGGGCAACCCCUCAAGAAGUUGUUGAGCAGGCAGUCGACUACAAAAGGCCGACAUAUGAAGAAGUUAUGAAGACCUUCAGGCCUCACAUUAGUGACAAAGGCAAAGCCGCAAAAUGUAAAUCAACAAAAUGGUGAAUGCUAUGGUGUGUUUUUGUAGGUUUCUCUCCAUGUUUUUUUUUCUUGGUAGUGAUUAUAUCCGGACUCUCUUGAUCGAUCUUUUCUCUCUGUAAAUGGAUAUGGCAGUUAGAACUUCUAAAUUUAGAUGGUUGUUUCGCUGUAAUAAAAUGUUUGUGCAAAAGAUAUAUGAUGCUCCUGGUUUUUUAUUGAACUUUUUGCAAGUUGCGAUCAUCUUUUGCUUGAUUGAACCUUCUGUAUUUUUCUUUUUCUUUCUCCUAUAGCAUAGCUGCAUAGCACUGUUUCAUUACUGAAUUUCCUCGAGAAGCUUAUAACAUGU